GGGGGGGGGGGGCGCAGGGGAGGAGGCGCUGUCGGUGCGCUGCGCAUGCGCGGCCGGGAGGAGAGCGCUGGGAACAGCCAUAUCCUGCUUGUUCGUCAACUCCGCGCCUGCGCAGACGGCUGCUGCGGGGACCUGCGGAAUAAUGAGCCUGUGCCACUGCUUGGGGGGAAUCGGAGGAGGAAGACAUGCUGCCAAAUAGUGAGCUCCAGCUGCUGGUGUUCUCCUAGGGGGGCUGGCUGCGGAGUGGGGGGCAGAGUCCGGGGCGCCAUCCCCACCCGCCGCACCUGCUUGGUUUAGGGCUUCAGGGCGUCCCGGCCUGCUUUGGAGCAGGGCUUCCUGCGGCGGUGGGAGUCACUCGUAGGGCCAGGAGGACCAAAAAGAUGCAGAACCACUGACUCUGUAGCAAAUGCCCGGAAAAGACUUGGGAGUUCAUUUUUAUACUGGUGAAGAUCAACUAUAAAUUUCUUCUGCUGAAUUGUGAAAUUCUGUUUAAUCUUCAAACUGGCGAUGUCAAGGGUGCCGAGUCCUCCUCCUCCGGCAGAAAUGUCGAGUGGACCUGUAGCAGAGAGCUGGUGCUACACUCAGAUCAAGGUGGUGAAGUUUUCCUACAUGUGGACCAUAAACAACUUCAGCUUCUGCCGAGAAGAAAUGGGUGAGGUCAUCAAAAGCUCGACCUUUUCAUCUGGAGCCAAUGAUAAACUUAAAUGGUGUUUACGUGUGAACCCUAAAGGCUUGGAUGAAGAAAGUAAAGAUUAUCUUUCCCUCUAUCUGUUGCUGGUGAGCUGUCCAAAAAGUGAAGUUCGAGCAAAGUUCAAAUUCUCCAUCCUGAAUGCUAAAGGAGAAGAAACAAAAGCAAUGGAGAGCCAGCGAGCAUAUCGAUUUGUACAAGGCAAGGACUGGGGAUUCAAAAAAUUUAUUAGAAGAGACUUUCUUUUGGAUGAGGCCAAUGGACUUCUUCCAGAUGACAAACUCACUCUCUUCUGUGAGGUGAGUGUGGUACAGGACUCUGUCAAUAUCUCCGGCCAGAACACUAUGAACAUGGUGAAGGUACCAGAGUGCCGUUUGGCAGAUGAGUUGGGAGGACUCUGGGAGAACUCGCGCUUCACGGACUGCUGCCUGUGCGUUGCAGGCCAGGAGUUCCAGGCUCACAAAGCCAUACUAGCAGCACGUUCCCCGGUUUUCAGCGCCAUGUUUGAGCAUGAGAUGGAGGAGAGUAAAAAGAAUCGGGUUGAGAUCAAUGACGUGGAGCCUGAAGUUUUUAAGGAAAUGAUGUGCUUUAUUUACACGGGGAAGGCACCAAAUCUUGACAAAAUGGCUGAUGACUUGCUGGCAGCUGCUGACAAGUAUGCCCUGGAACGUCUGAAGGUGAUGUGUGAGGACGCACUGUGCAGUAACCUGUCGGUGGAAAAUGCAGCUGAGAUUCUCAUUUUAGCUGACCUACAUAGCGCUGAUCAACUGAAAACCCAAGCAGUGGACUUCAUUAACUAUCAUGCUUCUGACGUCAUGGAGACAUCAGGCUGGAAGUCUAUGGUAGUAUCACACCCCCAUUUGGUGGCUGAGGCAUAUCGCUCUCUGGCCUCUGCACAGUGUCCCUUUCUGGGACCCCCACGUAAGCGACUGAAGCAAUCCUAAACUCCUGUCUGUCACACCACCCCAUGUUUUUCUGGAAGCAGCAUCAGCUGUUGCUGCUGUAACCUUGACCACCAGGUAGACAGCGAAAUCUGUGGAGCUUUUACUCUGUUGUUGGGGGGAAGAGACUGCUUCGUGACACCCAGACUUUUUAAAACAGCACCAAGUAACUUGGGGAGAGGGGGGAGGGUGGGCCUGGGGCUCUGGGGCUGUUCAACCUAAUGAAUCCCUGUCGCUGCAUCGUCUGUGUGUUCCCUUCGACUUGGCUGAGUCAAUUAAGUACAGGGUUCGGUUUAGGCACCAACCCAAGUCGGAAUAACCCAGUAGUGGUACUGGGGAAAACGACCUCUCUGCGUCUGGCAGCACAGAACAAACCGUCAGAUGCCUGGAGCAAGAGGACAUUUUAGCUUUGGAGAGCAUUGGAGGGUUAAAAAGAAUUUCCAGUGAGGUUCUGGAAAGCAAGUACCUGAUGGGAGCUCCAGUAGUAUUUAUAUCAAAAAAAGAGAAUUUAAGUCCUUCCAGCUGAGCUAAAAACUGGACGUUUGUGUAACUCCUUAUUGCCAUCCAGCAACAAGAAGAUCAGUUUCUCUGUUAGUAGCACUUGUAUGUUAAUUGCAAAAAAGAAAAAAAAAAAGAAAAAAAAAAAAAGAAAAACCCCACCUUUUAUAAAAUGACAGGUUGAAGUGAAAGGGGACAGUGAAAGGCUGUGUGUUCUGAGGGUGUGAAUAGACUGAAGGCAGCCUUUGGCAAGUCUGUAUUGGUUUUGAAAGGACUAGAUAAUCCUUGAUCUGGAGCGUGCUGUCUGACGAGAGCAAUGGUUACUGUUUUUAGAUAUUGUGGGAAAUGUUUUUGGCAUUUUUCCCUGCUUUAUUUCCCUCCUCCCCCUUUUUAAGGAAAAAAAAAGAGAAAUUUUAUUGUUCAUGAACGCUGUGUCAAAAGUCCCUGUCCUGAGUUGCUAAAUGAUUCUUAACAACUGUUUGUACCUGACUUGCCGACUGUAUAGGAGCCAGUCUGUUCCUUUCUAUUAGUCACUCUUCUUACAGGGAAGAAGUUUCAAAAUAGCUGGUAAUUUUUUUUUUCCUUUUUGAAAAUAUAAAUAAUUACUAUUUUGUA